AUGGGUAUCAUUUCUCGUUUUGCACUCCUGGGUGCACUGGCUCUUGGAGCAAUCCAAGUUCAGGCUGCACCUCUUGAGGCUUCGAACUUGAUCAGCAAGCGUUGUGUCAAUUCUGCCACCGACAGGUCCUGCUGGGGCGAUUAUGAUACUUCGACCGAUUAUUACAAUGAGGUCCCUGAUACUGGUGUUACUGUUGAGUACUACUUUGAUCUUGUGAACACCACGGCUUCGCCGGAUGGGUAUGAGAGACAAGUUCUUCUCAUCAACGGAUCCUUCCCGGGCCCUACCAUUGAGGCCAACUGGGGUGAUACCGUUGUUGUCCAUGUCACAAACAGUCUCACAAAUAAUGGAACCGGUAUCCACUUCCACGGUAUCCGCCAAAACUACACCAACCAGGCGGAUGGUGUUCCCUCAAUCACUCAAUGCCCCGUCGCUCCUGGUGAGAGCACCACAUACACCUGGAGAGCCACUCAGUACGGUACCACCUGGUACCACUCCCACUUUGCCCUCCAGGCUUGGGAGGGUAUCUUUGGUGGUAUCAUCAUCCACGGUCCUGCCACUAGUAACUACGAUGUAGACGCCGGUAUCAUGUUCCUUAACGACUGGUCUCACCAGACUAGCGAUGCUCUCUACACUCAAGCUCAGACCGGAGGUCCUCCAACUCUUGACAAUGCGCUCAUCAAUGGUACCAACGUCUAUGAUAAUGGUGGUUCCCGCUUCGAGAUGGAGUUUAUAUCUGGAACAAAGUACUUGAUCCGUCUGGUCAAUGGUGCUAUCGACACCCACUUCAAGUUCUCAAUUGAUGGCCAUAACAUCACUGUCAUCUCCAUGGACUUGGUUCCAAUUGUCCCUUACACCACCCAGGUCCUCAGCAUCGGUAUUGGCCAGCGUUACAAUAUCAUUGUCGAGGCCGACCAAGCCACCGCCGACUACUGGCUCCGCGCUAUCCCGCAGACCACCUGCUCCGACAAUGAUAAUACCGACAACAUUCGUGGUAUCAUCCGCUACGACUCUAGCAGCACCUCGGACCCCACCACAUCUGCCUACACCCAAACCGACGACUGUGACGAUGAAGACCUUACCAACCUUGUCCCCUACGUCUCCAAGACCGUCGGCUCCCAGGAUGACGGUGACGACCUUGCCGUCACUAUCGGCAAGGUCGGCAACCUCUUCAAAUGGUACCUCGGCGGCACCACCAUGGCCGUUGAAUGGGCCGAUCCCACGCUUCUCCAGGUCUACAACGGCGAAUCCAACUGGGCCGACCAGUCCGGUGUCAUCGAGCUCGCCACUGCCGACGAGUGGGCCUACUUCAUCAUCGAGACCACCAACACCGUUCCUCACCCAAUCCAUCUCCACGGCCACGACUUCUUCGUCCUCGCCCAGGGAACCGGUACUUAUGCCGACACCGCCCCUACCCUCAACACGGCCAACCCCCCGCGUCGUGAUGUGGCCAUGCUUCCGGGUGGUGGAUACCUGGUGCUCGCUUUCCAGACCGACAACCCGGGUGCCUGGCUCAUGCACUGCCAUAUCGGAUGGCACACAAGCGAAGGCUUUGCCCUCCAGUUUGUGGAGAGGUAUGAUGAGAUCAAGACGCUCAUUGACUAUGACAGCUUGAACGAUACCUGCACUGCUUGGUCGUCCUACCAGACCGCGGUCGGACUUGAGGAGGAUGACUCUGGUGUCUAA